AUGGCGGGUGGUGAGCAUUCGUUUGGAAGAAAGACAUUUCAUAAGCCAACCUAUUGCCACCACUGCUCGGAUCUGCUCUGGGGACUAAUCGGACAAGGAUACAUCUGCGAAGUUUGCAACUUCAUAGUACACGAAAAAUGCGUGACAAAUGUGAUAACACCAUGCCUAGGUGUCGCGCCGUAUCUGAUCCGAAAUCCUGUCGCACAUUGCUGGUCCGAGCCGUCACAUCAUAAACGAAAGUUCUGCUCGGUCUGCCGCAAACGCCUGGAUGAAACCACCGCCGUACAUUGUUUAAUUUGCGAGUAUUUUGCGCACGUUGAGUGUCAGGACUUCGCGAUUCCCGAUUGUAAGGAAAAUGCCACGUACGUGCCGGGAAAGGAACUGGGUCACGUCAAACACCAGCACCAUUGGCGUGAAGGCAACCUGCCACAAUCAUCGAAAUGUGCGCUGUGCAAAAAAGCAUGCUGGUCCUACGAAUGCCUUACAGGUUAUCGUUGCGAAUGGUGUGGUACAACGACGCACGGUGGCUGUCGGAACAACAUCCCAUCGGAGUGCACCUUCGGUACGCUACAGCCAAUCUACUUGCCACCGCAUGCCGUCUCCAUACCGCGAACUGAAGUGCCAAUGGAAGCAAUCAUCGGAGUGCAGAACAAGAACAAGGGAACGCCCGGAAUGCAGAGGGAUUACUCAUGUCCGGAAUUGUGGACAAUUGGCCAACCGGACUACGAGGAAAGUGACCCGAUUGAGCACAACUCCAGCGGGUAUAAACUACCAGUAUUUACCUUUUUCGAUGACGAUUGCGAUGGCAGUGAAUUCAGCAGUCAGCAAAGAUUCCCUAGUGAAAACGAUUUGCUCUUUCUGGAAACGGAUUAUGGCACCCUGUACGAGGGAAAGCAACGGCUCAGACCUCUGCCCAGUAGAAAUCUAAUCCAUCCGGCAAUGCGAAGGGCGAAGUUAGCGCCGAAAGAAACGGUCAUGCGAAGCAAGUCAUUUCAGGAUCAAAGUGAUAGCAUUCCAAAGCGAUUGAAAAUGUUACCUAAAGCAAGAUUGUUCGUUCGCGCAAAGGAUCGACCGAAGAAGCGUUCGCCGCUAUGCAGCAACGAUUCCAUACGGUCUUCCGCCAACCCAUCCCCGAGGCCAUCAAUAUCGAAAAUUAGUUCAACUGUGACGUCAGCGUCAACAUCGGCCACGGCAUCCGCGAUGACGAUCCAAACGGAUGAUACCGGAGCUGGUGGGUGUGGCGGAGAGGGCGGAACUGACUGCUGCUGGCACAUUGCCACCAACGGCCAGCAGGAUAUGCUACUAGUACCAUCAGUGGAAAAGCUAGGUCAUGAUGCACUUGCGGUUCCGCAGCGAAACAGAGGAGAACGGAGAGUAUUUUCCUACGAUGACGUCAGCAGUUUUGUAUUCAUCGACGACGAUGUCGGGGAUAGUGUGAUGGAUUACCGGAACGAGGCAGGUGCACCGUUGGAUACUGAAUCAACGGAAUUGGCUGCAUUUGCGAAUGCAAAAGAUGUGGCUGUUGCUGUUGCCGUUGCCAGUGGAGAUGAUAGUAGCGGUGCUGCUGAUGUCAGCAGCGGUAGCAAAUCAGGUGCAAGAUUAGACGCCAGCAGCAAGAUGGUCCCGGAAGCGUCGGCAGGGGAUGAUAAGGAAAACCGACGAGGUCAUUUGCUUGGCAGAAUUUAUCGUCGAAUGCGAAAGUGCUCGAUGGGAUGGAGCAAAACGGGCUGUAGAGUGCGUAGAGCUCGCAGCAUCUCAGAGGAAAUAAGUGAUAACGCACGCUGCGACGACCUACCGAAAGCGGAGAGCAGUUCUGGCACUCACUCGAAACCCGAUUCUGCGCACAAAGGCGACAAAGAUAAAGAUAAGAAAGAUAAGGAAAAAGAGGAACGUGAUGAAGAAACAAUCAAAGUCUUCGACGGCAACUGUUCAUAUCGAAGAAGAAUAUUCAGAGCCAUCACCGUACCUAGAACAUGCUCGCUAGAACAAUUACUGACCACCGCCUUGAGGGCCUUUCAUAUAGCCAGGGAUUCAAAUCUAUUUUUUCUCACCGAUCUCUAUGGCGAAGAAGUAAGAUUACAAGAUCCAACACCGGUUUUGAAUCUGCAUCGAGUGGAGGGUAAACGGCCUGCGAUCUAUCUGCGAUUUCGCGACCGUGAAAACGAUCAUGGCUUCGUGCGGGUUUAUCCCGGUAAACUGCAGGUGGAGAACGCGUACGUCAACAUCCCGGUGGACAAUGACACAACAGUGAAGGAUCUUAUAGGUGAAUCGUUGAAGAAGUUCGGCCUUCAGGGGCACCAGAUCGAGGACUACCGAUGUUCGGAGAUUUUGCUGGACCGGGGCGUAACGGAGCGGGUGCUGUCCUGGAACGAGCGACCGUGGGAAAUCAUGAAGCAGCUAGGGAAGGACUCGAUUCGACAGAUGGAGAUGAUGCGGUUCUAUCUGCAGCUGAAGCAGGACCCACACGGACCUAAUCUGGCGCUGUUCGUGGGCAAUCUACCUCCGGGCUUGUCGCAGCGGAACUAUGAACACAUACUGACUGAAUUCCUAGGUUUCGAGAACAAGUUUAGUAGUAUCGGUCCGAUCUACUACGAGUAUGGAUCGCUAGUGAUAACCUACGAAAACGCAUCCAAAGCUGUUCGUGCAUUCCAAGCCUUGAGGGAGUCCAAGUAUGAGGAGAAACAUCUACUGGUACUAUUGUUACCGAACAUCGAACAUAGCAUGGUUCCCACUGGGGUGCAACCACUGCUAGUGUUCGUCAACGUUAAGUCAGGUGGAUGUCAAGGAUUAGAGCUUAUUAGUAGUUUUCGCAAAUUAUUAAAUCCAUAUCAAGUAUUUGAUUUGGAUAAUGGUGGACCACUGCCUGGACUAUAUGUAUUCAGACACAUUCAGGAUUAUAAGAUUUUAGUUUGUGGAGGUGACGGUACAAUUGGAUGGGUACUGCAGUGUUUGGACAACGUUGGCCAGGACUCGCAGUGUUCUAGUCCACCAUGUGCCAUUGUCCCGCUUGGAACCGGAAACGAUCUAGCACGUGUUCUCCGGUGGGGAGCUGGCUAUACUGGCGGUGAAGACCCGUUGAAUCUAUUGCGAGACGUGAUUGAUGCCGAGGAGAUCCGAUUGGACCGGUGGACCGUGGUGUUUCAUCCCGAGGACAAACCGGAAGAUGCCGCUCCGAAACCUCAGGCAAACUCAGCGGGUAAGAAGAAGAAAAUACAGCAACAAUCACAACAACAACAACAGAAUCAACAUCAUCAUCCCACAACGACGCUCAGCGCAAGUCAAACAAGUCAAGUUGUCGGCGCCACUCAGAGUGAGGACAACUCGCAGAUAUUCGUGAUGAACAACUACUUUGGCAUCGGCAUCGACGCUGAUCUGUGCCUGGACUUUCACAAUGCCCGUGAGGAGAACCCGAACAAGUUCAAGUCGCGUCUGCACAACAAGGGUGUUUACGUAACGAUGGGUCUGCGCAAAAUGGUUGGCCGGAAAAUGGUCAAGGAGCUGCAUAAAGAGCUACGGCUGGAGGUGGACGGCAAGGUGGUGGAUCUGCCACCCGUCGAAGGAAUUAUUAUUUUGAACAUUUUGAGCUGGGGCUCUGGAGCUAAUCCAUGGGGACCGGAAAAGGAGGACCAGUUUAGCAAGCCUAAUCAUUGGGAUGGAAUGCUGGAGGUUGUCGGUGUGACCGGAGUCGUUCAUCUUGGACAGAUACAGUCUGGUUUACGGUCCGCCAUGCGAAUUGCCCAGGGAGGUCACAUCAAAAUUCAUCUACAUUCAGAUAUACCGGUUCAAGUCGAUGGAGAACCAUGGGUUCAGAGCCCUGGGGAUGUAGUGGUAUUGAAGUCUGCUCUAAAGGCGACCAUGCUGAAAAAAAUGAAGGGCAAGAUGAAACGACGUAACACCGAACCGACGAUGCAGGUGAUGGGGCCAUCGGGAAUACAGAUGACGCUGGCCGCUCCCCAGGAGCCGGACGAGGUUGACUCGAACAAUACUGAUUUCUGA